AAGAGCAACUAGAGGGAACGUCCUGCACCAUCCAGCUGCAGAAAAAAAGAAACAAAGAAACACCUAGUGAGAUAAGAUGGAUCAAUCUCUCUAGUGGUGACUUCAUUCACAGGAGCAAUGGGACGAUCAGGACAAGCACAACAGGUCUAACAAUGGAAGAUGAUGGAUCAUUAACAUUUGAAAGUGUUAGUCUGAAGAACACCGGCAAAUAUACAUACACUGUUUUUAAUGCUGAAGGAACACAGAUUGAUGCUGGAGAAAAGGAAAUUAACGUUUAUGCAACGGCUCCUAAACCUACUCUGACAGUAACCAUCAAGUGCAAAGAUGGGAACGCUACACUCACCUGUGACAUUAGAGACCGUACAGAUCUGACUGUCUCCUGGUAUAAAGAAGACAAUAUCAUCCAGAAUGAAAACAACCCAAAACUGCUCUUGACAUCUGCUCAAGUACAGGAGAAUAAAACGUACUCAUGCAGUGUAAGCAAUCCUGUCAGCUAUCAUCAAAGUGACAGCGUUACAGUAUCAUGUCCUACAGGUGAAGGUGACCCAGGUCCUCCUAAACUCUUUGGCUUUGAUUUCUGGAUCAUGGUGAGCAUUUUGGCAGGUUCAGGAGCCCUUCUGCUGCUGCUGAUAUGUGUUCUUUUGUUCUCUAACCAACGCAAGAAGCACCAAAAAGAUGAGAGGGAGUUCAGGCUGAGGAAUCUUCAAGCUCCAGCUCCUACCAAAACAGAUCCAAACACAGCGGAAACAUCUGAUUACAAAUGACAACCUGAGUGUUCAUACUUCCCUAAACACACAUUAAUCACCUUAUGAAUUUUAAUUUUUGUUCAGACAGAGAGGCCAAAGAGAAACAAAGUCAUAAGAGCUCCAGUUGGGCUUUAGAGGAUUCAUGAUGAGCAGAAGUGUGUGGCUGAUGCAGCAUCUA